AUGUCAAAUCCAACAUUGAGAAUGGUUUAUAAACCAUCAUUAAAAACACGGACACCUGGUCGAUUAAUAACAAGGACACAACCAACACAGCCACAAUCACAAUCACUAUCACAAACACAACUGCUAUCACGGCCACAACCACUGCAACCAUCACUAUCACAACAAAAUUUACCAAUCCAAUUGUCGUUUAAUAUUAAUGAUGUUGAAAGACCAACUAGAAUAACGAAAUCACAAUUUUUCGUUAACACGACAUUAAAUGACGGAGAAACAGUUUCUCAGCCAAAGUCAGAUAUUGUUAGCUCUCAAAUUGCUUCACAUUUAAUGGAAGAACGGUUAUCCUUUAAUUGUACUGAUUUCGGUAGCGAAAAUUCAAUUACUUCAUCUUUUUCUGAUGAAAAAAAUGUUUGGGAAAGCCAGUUUAAUUUACAUACUUGCAAGUUUCUUACUGUUUUUGAACUUGAAGAACUUGUUAGCCUAUUUGAUACCAUUGUUAGCAAUGCCACAUUUACAAAGGAAAACACGUUCAAACAAAAAGGAGUAAUUGAUCAAACACUUUUUAAACAACACAAAAAGUCGAAACUUGCAUAUCAUGAACAAUUUGUGUUGAUGUUGACAUUUUUCCAUACAAAAACGAGACAUGUUGAAUUAUAUGAACUCCUUUAUGGUAUGGAUACAACAAAAAAUAAAAACACAAAAAUAAAAAUAUGA